AUGUCCCCGAACGGCCCAGAAGCCAUUCCUCAUGCCAUCGCGAACUUCUUCGUCACCAAACUCACAGAAGCCACCCUACGGGUUCAAGAGAAGAACACCGAGAGGAAACAGAAGACGCUACGCCAGGCUGAAGAUGACGCGAACCGCGAGGCUAUCGCUAUACGCCGGCGACAGAUGGGUGAUAUCGAUGAUGAGAAUAGGAGCCUGAUGGGAGAUCGGGAGGCCGAGUAG